AUGCUUUACGUGUUGUUGGACUCCCACCGCCCCAUAAAAAAAGUUACGCUUAUCUACUCCAUCAACUCCAUUGUGUCCUCCUCCCAGAGCGCUAAGAACCUUGGCGUGAUCCUGGACAACACCCUGUCGUUCUCAACUAACAUCAAGGCGGUGGCCCGUUCCUGUAGGUUCAUGCUCUACAACAUCCGCAGAGUACGACCCUGCCUCACACAGGAAGCGGCGCAGGUCCUAAUCCAGGCACUUGUCAUCUCCCGUCUGGAUUACUGCAACUCGCUGUUGGCUGGGCUCCCUGCCUGUGCCAUUAAACCCCUACAACUCAUCCAGAACGCCGCAGCCCAUCUGGUGUUCAACCUUCCCAAGUUCUCUCACGUCACCCCGCUCCUCCGCUCUCUCCACUGGCUUCCAGUUGAAGCUCGCAUCCGCUACAAGACCAUGGUGCUUGCCUACGGAGCUGUGAGGGGAACGGCACCUCAGUACCUCCAGGCUCUGAUCAGGCCCUACACCCAAACAAGGGCACUGCGUUCAUCCACCUCUGGCCUGCUCGCCUCCCUACCACUGAGGAAGUACAGUUCCCGCUCAGCCCGCUCAGCCCAGUCAAAACUGUUCGCUGCUCUGGCCCCCCAAUGGUGGAACAAACUCCCUCACGACGCCAGGACAGCGGAGUCAAUCACCACCUUCCGGAGACACCUGAAACCCCACCUCUUUAAGGAAUACCUAGGAUAG